UUGACCGUUCUUUCAGUUUUAUCGCAUAGGGAACUCGGUGUUUUAGUUAAGGUGAAUGAGGAACUCACUGAAGCUCAUCGGAUUGCUGUAAAAGAAUGUAUUCAAAAUGCUGACAAAUUAACUGAUCUUCAUAAUCAGAUUCUUGCCUGUGAUCAAGUCUUCGAGCGGCUAGAGAAAAUGCUGCUUGGAUUCCAAGGCGACCUAGGUACUAUCAGUGAGGAUAUGAAAAGGCUUCAAGACCAAUCGAUUUCGAUCAAUCANGUAAUCUUCAGUUUACCUAUGUUCCUUUCCAGUUCCUGCUGCAUUAUCCUAGUUUUUUCUCAGGAACUAGAAAAUCGACAAAAAGUUCGUGGCGAGCUGAGUCAGUUUGUAGAUGACAUUAUUGUACCUCAAACCAUGAUAAAAGUUAUAAUGGAAGCUGAUGUGAAUGACCGGGCUUUUCUUGAACAACUACAUGAAUUACAACAUAAAAUCAACUUCAUCAAGGCCCAAGAGUCUAAAGAUGCCCGUUCUGUCUACGAUGUUCUCGGAGUGUUAGAAAGCUUGAAAUUCAAGGCCAUUGAGAAAAUACGAGAAUGGAUUCUCGCCAAAAUAUACAUGUUUCGUAAACCCUUAUCCAAUUAUCAAGUCCCUCAACAUCAGCUUCUGAAGUCUCGGUUCUUCUAUGAAUUCUUAGCUGCCAAUGAGAGCAAUAUAGCUCAAGAGGUGCAGGAUGAGUAUAUUGACACUGUUAGUAAAAUGUUCUUCUCCUACUUUAAGGUCUAUAUCACGCGGUUAUUCAAGUUGAUGAUGUCGGAUGCUGCUUCCAAAGAUGAUUUAUUGGGUGCUGAAGAUGUUGUGAAGUCUGGAGGUAUCUCUGGCUUGUUUGCAGGAAAGCCACAUCACCGAAACAGAGCAACGGUGUUUUCUUUGGGAUCUCGGCAAGAAAUUCUCACGCACGACUUCCUUAAUCCUCUUAUUGUUCCCCAUGCUGCCCAAGAAGCUAAUCAGAAGUUCCAAUUCGAAGCCUUAUUCCGUUCUAUUCAUCUCGCAUUUGUCGAUCAUUGUAGUCACGAAUUUCUCUUUCUGACAGAUUUCUUUAUGGUCUCAGGCCAAACAGCAAUCGAUCUACAUGCAAAGGUUAUGGGACGUGCUAUGGCUCAUUUGGUUCGAGCAUUUGAUGAACGUAUAGCGGUCAAUUUUGAUUGUAUCAGUCUUCACUUAUGUAUUUGCCUGUGUGAUAAGUUCCACCGAUUAUUGACGGAGAGGGAAAUUCCUUCAAUGAGUGGAUACUGGGAAGCUAUAUCGAAUCAACUCUGGACUAGGUUAGCACAAGUGAUGCAAAUGCAUAAUGAUAGUGUCAAGGCUCUGGACGUCAAACGAAUGCAAACUCCGAUAGACACGAGACCGCACUAUAUUGUCAGGCGAUAUGCUGAGCUGACAUGCGCUUUCCUCGUUGUUACUGAGUCGAGUGGACGAGAGCUGGGACCGAAGAUGGAGGCAAUCCUUGAAUCGUGUGAGGAUGCUGUCGAACAACUUCUCCUCCGAAUGUCGUCUUGUCUACCUAACCCUAGAGAUCGUCUAGUUUUCCUUAUCAACAAUUACGAUCUAACUCUAGGCAUUAUUGAUGAGCGAGUGGUUCAGGACAGUCGAAUCCAUUCCAUAAUUCAUGAAUUAGAGCAAAAAGCAAUUGGCGAAUUUGUUGAGGCUACAUUACAGCCACAUUUUUCAAGUUUGUUGUCGUUUGUUAGUGAAUGUGAACCUCUGGUCCAACAGGGGCAUACUCACCUUCUGGUCCGGUACAACGACAAGCUCACAGCAGUGGUGCAAACCUUCUCUGCGAAUUGGAGGCGCUCAAUAGAUGCAAUAAAUGGUGAAGUAGUGAAGUCUUUCACAAAUUUCAAGAAUGGAACUAAUAUUCUCCAGGCAGUUUUCACACAACUGGUUCAGUACGUGCAGCGAUUCUCCAAAUUGGUAUCGCACGAGAUUUUCCGUGACAAUCCAGCCCGAAACGACAUGGUUAAUAUUCACCAUAUAUUGGUUGAAUUGAAAAAGUAUAAACCAGUAUACUGA